AUGUAUCCUGUCAUCCCAAACGUCGAGCGAGCGUCGUGGCGGGAAGCCUCUGUAUAUCAGAUCUACCCACCUUCUUUCAAAGAUACCAAUGGCGAUGGUAUAGGAGAUAUUAAAGGAAUUAUCUCAGAGCUUGACUAUAUCAAGUCGCUUGGUGUUGAUAUGGUAUGGCUAUCCCCCAUUUUGGCAUCUCCGCAGAUUGAUAUGGGUUACGAUAUCUCUGACUAUAAGAAUAUCUAUCCGCCUUAUGGUACCAUGGCCGAUCAUGAUGCUUUAAUUAAAGGCCUCCAUGACCGCGGUUUGAAGUAUAUCCUUGACCUUGUUGUGAACCAUACAUCGGAUCAACAUCCUUGGUUCAAAGAGUCCAAGUCUUCAAAGACAAGCAGAUAUCGCGACUGGUAUUUCUGGCGGCCGGCUCGCUGGGAUCCCGAAACCGGUAAACGGAUGCCACCUAACAAUUGGGAAUCCUUUUUUAGUACAAGCGCUUGGACUUGGGACGCUACCACACAAGAAUAUUAUCUUCACCUUUGGUCAUCUGGACAGCCUGACUUGAACUGGGAAAAUCCCGAGGUCGUCAAUGCCGUGCACGAUAUCGUAAGAUUCUGGCUUGAUCGUGGCGUUGAUGGGUUUCGAAUGGAUGUCAUUAACUAUAUUUCGAAGACACCCGGCCUGCCCGACGCAAAGAUCAAGAAGCCGGGCUUUUUGCAGAAGCCCACCGAGCAUUGUGCUUGUGGACCACGGCUGCACGAAUACCUACGUGGGAUUGGAUCGAUACUCCAGGAAUACGACGCAUUUAGUGUCGGCGAGAUGCCAGAUGCAGAUCCUGAAGAAGUUCUCAAAGCCGUGGGCCAGGAUCGUGGAGAAUUAGCUAUGGCGUUUCAUUUUGACAUAGAUGGGCUUGACCUAGGUGCAAAUCACAGAUUUGAUCCCGCCGUGUUCCAACCAACAGCAUUAAAGAAUGUAGUCAACAAGUGGCAAACAUUCAUGGCAUCCAACGCAGGUUGGAACGCCCUGCAUAUGGAGAACCACGACGAGAGCCGAACAGUUAGUCGUUACGCUUGCGACUCUCCCGCCAUGCGAACAAUAUCAGCCAAGAUGCUAGCAAACCACCUUGCCUUCCAGUCUGGAACCCUUUUCAUCUAUCAGGGACAGGAACUUGCAAUGGUUAAUCUUCCCCGAGAAUGGGGGAUAGAGAAAUACAAAGACAUCGAAUGUCUGAAUCACUGGGAGUUGGUACAGCGUUAUUUCCACGACGAUGUAAAAAAGCAGAAGAUGUAUAGGGACAGAUACCGACAGGUCGGACGUGACAACGCACGCACGCCCAUGCAGUGGAACUCGGAGAGUCCAUAUGCUGGGUUCAUGCCGAUUGGGUCUAAGAAAGCUGAGCCCUGGAUGUCUAUCCACCCUGAUUUUGCGACUUGGAACGUUUCCACGAUGUUGGCCGAUUCGCAGUCCAGCCUUCACCAUUGGCGCCGGGUGCUCAAGUUUCGAAAGCAGCAUUCCAACAUAUUUGUUUACGGAGGAUUCGAAAUGCUAAAUAUAGAAGUAGAAGAAGACGUCAUUGCGUAUAUACGCACUGACAACACUGCUGGUGGGAGCCUAACUGGACCGACGGAGGCGCUGGUUGUGACCAGUUUUAGUGCCACUGAUAUCUGGUGGACCAUUCCCCCCAAGGCAAUAACUAUUCUACUCAAUGCGUCCACAGAUUCAACAAAGCCCAAUAUCAAUGUGAAGGGGCUGGUAGCCGCUUUGGGCAAUUAUGAGGGCGUGAACGAGUUGAUGGUCAAGGAUGGAAUGGCUGCAAUUAGGCUGAGGCCAUACCAGACUUUGAUUGCAAUGUGUUCGUCAUGUGCUUUCACUUUCUGCGCCAGACUCAAGUAUCGUCUCAACGGUUCAUCGAGGCAAGGGAGGCCGAAGCAUGCUUGCACUCAAUGCAAAUGUCUCCGAUUCAACCUCGAGUGCAAUCUAAGUUCUGUCGACGAGCUUUCGAAUGUGUUCAACGAAACAAGCAUCGACAAUGAAGGCCAGCUUCGCCUUCUACCUAGUCAAGAAAUGUGCAAUUCACUUGUUGAUAUAUAUUUUGAUCUCAUCCACGACAAGGACCAUACCCUAUUCCAUAGGCCAUCAUUCAUCAGAGCUCAACGUGAGGGACGGGCCGAAAUGAUGCAUGUUCUCGCUAUGAUGGCACUUGCAGCUAGAUUUGCUUCAGACCAAUGGCACGGAGAUUCCGAGCUUUGUGAGAGGCGUAAAGAUUGGGCUGCACACAGUAAACGCCUAUUCAACGACCGCACGGAGCCAGUAUCGUUAUCCGCCAUCCAAGCUUGCAUGUUACUAUGUUGUAUAUCAGCAUCAGAGGGUGAGACAGGAAUGGAAUCGCUUUAUGGUGCGCAGGCGAUCCGUAUGAUUCAAUUGAGGAGAUUACAGACUUCUCUGUCUACCAAUAAGCUCCAACGAGAGACAGAGAUUAGAGUAUGGUGGAAUGUGUGGAUGUGGGAUUGCUGGGAAAGUGCCGGAUCUUGCAUUAAGCAGCAGCUUACUAUUGAUCCUGACUUUCCCGUCCCCAUGGAGGAACACGCCUUUGAACAACUGGAUCCCGGUAGUGAUCACUUGGACUUUAUGAUACAAAGCGAUGAGGUUACAUCUCGACAACACGGUCUCUGGGCACAGAUGAUCCCAUUCACGGAAGUCGUGGCGCCAAUUAACGAAAUUCACGAGUUGACUGUUCAAAACCGUAUCUCAGAUGCUGAACUAUUCGAAAAGAUUGAGCGGAUUGCAGACAAGCUUGAAACAUGGAAGCUGAAUCUUCCAAGUACAUUGCAUGUCACACCGACAAAUCUCGCAGCAUACAGUAGCACUGGCCUCGGCCGCACCCUGGUAGCUCUACACACAGGCUACCAUCAUUUCAGCCAACUCCUCUACUACCAAUUCUUACAUCAAAGUACCUCUACAGCGGCGGGGCGAAGUCCUCAAGUAGUUGAGUAUGCAAGGCGUUGUCGCAGCCACGCCGCGGAUCUGAGCAACCUCCUAUCACGUGCAAACUCAACACCAGGCUGUGAAUGCCGGUGGCUAAUGGUUGGACAUCUUCUUGCAGUUUCUUCGUCCAUUCAUCUGCACACUCUGCUGUUUGAUGAUGAUGAGAUUCAAAUCAGAAACGUAAAGAAGAUGCUUAGGCAAAACUUUGAAAUGAUGAUGGAAUUGCGCCAGUAUUGGCCUGGUAUUGACUUGGCUAUUUCGCGACUACAAGUAUUCCAUCGGACAUGCCAGCAGAGUAUGGACACGGCGUUUGAUAUGGAUUAUUGGAUGUUGCAUUUUCUCCAACGCUUUGCAAAACCUAUCAGCGAUAGAUAUACAACCAUACUACCAGAGAUGGAUCAUCACGCCACGGGCUUGCCUGAAAUUCAUGGUAGUAUCGGUGAUAGUCAAGGUCAGGCUUUUGAUUAUAGGCCAUGGCUUGAUUUGAGUUAG